UUCAGGCAAAGGGCUCGUAGCUUACUUGCGCUGGGUUGGCAUCAUCUGCUUAUGGUUGGCACACUGUCUUCCUGAGAUGUAGGUUGCCUUCCGUGAUUGCAUAGAAUAGGUUAGAAUAUUGUACAUCCAUGUUGGUUUCACAACUUAGCAGACAAUAGACUCUCGUUAUGUUUAGACAAUACACUGUUAGCCUAUAAUGUCCUAAUAAUAGCAGCCUACAGAGGAGGAGGCGCCGUAGUCUUGGACAGCGUGAUACAGCAUCUUUGCAGAAGGGCAUAUCCAGAGGGACUCCUCAGCAGGACAAAAUGGCUGACAAAAGUGACCUGAAAGCGGAGCUGGAGCGCAAGAAGCAGCGCUUGGCUCAAAUCAGGGAAGAGAAAAAGAGAAAGGAGGAAGAGAGGAAAAAGAAAGAGUCAGAGACACAGCAGAAGGCCGAGGUGGCCCCUGUGGACUCGGAUCUGGACCGGAAGCGAAGAGAGACGGAAGCGUUGCUGCAGAGCAUCGGCAUCUCCCCUGAGCCCCCCUUAGUCCCGACGCCCAUGUCCCCAUCCAAAGUGAGCACGCCCAGUGACACCGGCAGUCAGGACUCUGUGGAUGGUGGAACGGCUGGCAGAUGUAGGGCGGGCAGCAGUGGCUAUAGUAGGUACAAAACUGAGACAAAGAGUGAGAAAAGGACCCUGCAGUGGGACACUGACCCCUCUGUGCUGCAGCUGCAGGCCGACUCUGAGCUCGGGCGUCGGCUGCACCGACUCGGCGCCUCCAAGAUCACCCAGGUAGACUUCCUGCCCCGCGAGGUGGUGUCCUACUGCAAAGAGACCCAGACUCCACUGGCAGCCCAUCAGUCUGAAGCAGAGGAAGAAGAGGAGGAUGAAGAGAUCACAGAGCUCAAAGCUGGCCCAGAGUCUGAGACACAGGAAGAGGAGGACCAGAAGGAGACCAAAGAAGGCCAUCCUCGCGAGCUGACUGAGGAGGAGAAGCAGCAGGUCCUGCACUCUGAGGAGUUUGUCAUGUUCUUCGACCGCAGCAUCAGGGUGAUGGAGCGCGCACUUGCAGAGGACUCCAGCAUCUUCUUCGACUACAGUGGCCAGGACCUGGAGGAUAAGGAGGGGGACUUACAGGGUGGCUCCAGUCUGUCCUUCAGCCGUCUGUUCUACGACGAGCAUUGGUCCAAGCACCGGGUCGUCACCUGUCUGGACUGGUCGCCCCAGUACCAAGAGCUCCUGGUGGCCUCGUACAACAACAAUGAAGACGCACCCCACGAGCCGGACGGGGUGGCCCUGGUGUGGAACAUGAAGUUCAAGAAGACCACGCCAGAGUACGUCUUCCACUGCCAGUCUCCAGUGGUGUCGGUAGGCUUUGCGCGGUUCCAUCCCAACCUGGUGGUGGGGGGCACCUACUCUGGUCAGAUCGCCCUGUGGGACAACCGGAGCCACCGGAGGACGCCGGUCCAGAGGACGCCCCUGUGUGCUGCCGCGCACACACACCCCGUCUACUGUGUGAACGUGGUGGGCACCCAGAACGCCAACAACCUCAUCACCGUCUCCACCGACGGCAAGAUGUGCUCCUGGAGCCUGGACAUGCUGUCCCAGCCGCAGGAGAGCAUGGAGCUGGUGUACAACAAGUCCAAACCGGUGGCUGUGACAGCGAUGGCGUUCCCCACCGGAGACGUGAAUAAUUAUGUGGUUGGAAGCGAGGAGGGAACGGUCUACACAGCCUCUAGACAUGGCAGUAAGGCUGGCAUCUGUGAGAUGUUUGAGGGCCACCAGGGUCCAGUAACGGGCAUCAGUUGCCAUGGCGCUGUGGGCACCGUUGACUUCUCCCACCUCUUUGUCACCUCCUCCUUUGACUGGACUGUCAAGCUGUGGAGCACGAAGCACAACAAGCCACUGUACUCGUUUGAGGACAACGCAGACUAUGUGUACGACGUCACCUGGUCCCCGACACACCCCGCCGUCUUUGCAGCAGUAGAUGGCAUGGGCCGCCUGGACCUGUGGAACUUGAACAAUGACACAGAGGUACCCACUGCGAGUGUGACCGUGGAGGGAGCGCCCGCCCUCAACCGGGUCCGAUGGGCAUCGGGUGGCAAGGAGGUGGCAGUGGGUGACUCAGAAGGCCGAGUGUGGAUCUACGAUGUUGGAGAGACGGCGGCGCCACAUAGUGAGGACUGGGCGCGCUUUGCCCGCACGCUGGUGGAGAUCCGUGCCAACAGGGCGGACGGAGAGGAGGAGGACCCAGCGGAGUUGGCGUCGUAAGUGCGGGCAGCGCUGCCACCACGGACGUCCCUCUGUGCCCCACAACCACCGCUCUCUGUUCUCUUGAUGCCGUGCUACAGAAUCCCCCCAGCACCUGGUCCACAUGUGUGUGUGUGUGUAUAUCUGUGUGUGUGUGUGUGUGUGCUUGCGUGCGUGUGUGUUGUCUUCACUACUUUUCCAUUGCUCUCUCCAAAUAUGAUUGAACAUUCGGAAUAAGGAGAAGCUGCAAGAGCUUACUGUAGUCUCUGUUGUCCUACUGUGCUGUGUCAGUUCAUUUAAAGGUUACAUGCUGGGCCAUCACUGGUGUUUCCUGGCUGCGUUUAAAUCACUAACUGAAAUCAACUAUUUAUUGGCUUGAUUUAUUGAUUUGUUUGUUUCAUUUGCCAAAUGCUAAUGGAACUUAACUGCAUUCGGAAGCAGAGUAUCAGCUCAGGCCAAACAAAUGUUGACUUUAUGUUUUUCAGCCGUGAAGCUUUGGCAUUCAUCCAAACAACCAUGUACAAUUUUAUUAGUUGUUUAUUUAUUUGUGCUGUUUUUAAUGCCACAGAAAAUGGCUUUACGUGUUUACUUAACAUUGUCAUGUGGUAGCCACAUUGUCGUAGAGACGUGGAGGGAGUGAAGUAGCAUGUUUGUCGAGCGAAGCAAAUUAAAUGUGGCUCGAACGGCAGUGUUUUAUCUUAUGUUCUCGUUGCUUGCGUUGUGUGCAUCUCUCUCUGUCUGCAUGGUCCAAUCACACAGAGCAACAGAUACUAUACAGGACUACUAUGUACUCUGGUAUUUAGACAUGCUUUUGAUGUUAAUCCUAAAAUGCUGUAUUGUCAGUGCAAGAAAUGGGCACUGCAAUGACCUUGCUAAGUGGCUAAUAGCUAACUGUCGUCUUAAGCUAAAUCAGGGAGCCAAUGAAAGUUUCCUGAAUUUCUUCUGUGUGAGGAACGUUGUUAACUUAUAUUCUUUUUGUCAUUUUGUUUGAAAAACAAACUGUGAAAUGGUGUGAUGAUGGACUAAGUGCAAUAUGUGAUCCACUGCUACCCUGUAAGUUACUGCCAAUAAAAUAUGGCAAACCCCAAUCCC